UCCUCGCCCCCUCCACUCCCCCUCGGGGCCUUGCACUCAGACUACGGGAUGAGAGCCCUCGUUUGGUGAGGGAGGGCUUUUGUUAGCAAUCACAGUUCAUGUUGGAGUUGCCAAGGAGGACCAAGUCGGAAUUCCACCGCCUUUCAACUCCAACUGUAGUGGACCUCAGUAGUCCGCAAAAACAUGGAAAACUACUUUCUAAGAUGGAUUCUAAAACUCUGCAUGCUCUGCACUGUGUUAGGUGAGGAAUGCUCCCUGGAGCUGAAACCAUCCAGGGUAGUGGUGGGGUUUGGGGAGCCUGUAACGGUCAGCUGUGAGGCCUCUCGCCCAGUACGUGUCCUGGGCUGGGAGUCUGCCAUUGGGGCAGCACAUACCCAACAAGACCGCUCGGUCCAAUGGAAGGUGGACAGUCUUAUCGACUGGAUCGAGGAGCCUAUCUGCUAUGGAGUCUUCUUCACUGCACCCAGACAGUGUGAGGAGAAACUCAACCUUAUUCUAUACAAGACACCAGACUCGGUCACCAUAAGCUCAGCCAAUCACACUGGUCCCAUGGUGGAGGGGACAGAGUACCAGCUACUCUGCGAUGUCCAGAACAUUGCACCAGUUCAGUACCUCACCCUGAAGUGGUACAGGGGGAAGACGGAAGUUUACAACCACUCCUUCUCUGACCUGACCCCUGUCACCCCUGUCCAAGUAUCCUCCAUCCUUCUUAUCGCCCCGACCCAAGCCGACGACGGCGCCCAGUACAGGUGUGUGGCUCAGCUGGAAAUGGGACCGGAAGGACCACAGCCUUCUCCCUCUGUGACAUCAGAGCCUCUCAAUGUGUCUGUGCACUACCCGCCAUCCUUCCUCAGCCCUGACACUGAGACCGUGGACAUGGGAUUGGGGUACGAAAUCACAUUAAACUGCACGGCCACUGGAAACCCUACUCCUUUGUACAGCUGGGCGUCUUCAGCUCCCCAAGAAAAGAUGGAAGACCAGCCCGUUCUCACCUCCUCCUACUUCCUUCCAGGAACCUACACCUGCAUUGCCUCUAAUAAGAUGGGCAAGAAGAGUAAGCAGUUCAUCAUCAAGACUAAGUCUAAAGGUAUGUAAAGGGAGCUACAAAGGGCUAUACUAGAGGUGUGUGAGCGUCAUCAUUAUCCAGACAGACCACUGCACAUAAAAAAGACUUUGGUCAUCUAAUAGGUUAUAGUAGUAUAUUAUUGUGUAAUGAUUGAUUCUUGUUAUUGCAACAUGACGUAUACUUUGAUGUGUUUACAUAGUUUUGUAGAGUAUACAGUUCACUUUCAGUGCGGAAAACUGUAGAAAGCAAGGUGUGAAUAGCUAUCCAUUAACUUUAUUUUGGAAAUCUCCAUUGUUGUCGGUGUCUUUUCUUUUUUUACGUGUGAUAAAAACACUAAUAAAAUGACAAAUGUA